ACUACGUGAUUUGUCAUAUGAUUUUUCCCAUGACGAGCCGCAUGACAAUGCUUAUGACAAAACGAGCCGUAUAAACAAUGCAAAAUCAUAUGACAAAUCACACAGUGUAAACAUGUAAAUUUCACUCCAUGAUCAAAUCAUAUGACAAAUCACAUGAUAAAUCAUGUAAUGUAAUGUCGACUGGCGUGGCUGUGGUCCAAGUUAAGCGACCACAGCGCACCCUGUCAGUAUUGACACUGACAGUUCGCAGACGAAACAUGUAGCAUGUUGUUUGUUAUUGAAAAAUACUGAAAUUAUUGGAAUACAUAAAAUCAAUUGUAAUCAAAUGGAAAUGGAAGGAAAACAAGAAAUUAUCGAGGAAACGUGUAAAAUAGAAAUAGAGUAUAAUGAUUUGGAGUUGAAUCAUCCUCUUCUGGAUGGCUUUAAAUGUGAAAUUCAGGAUGAGUCCAAAAGGGAAAGUACUCAUGGCAGAUAUGAUUCUUUAGACUUGAAGAAAAGUCCCAUAAAUACUGAAAUAGAGCAGCAUGGAAAGAAAUCUGGCCCAUUUGAAGAAAACCAGAAAACUGAAAAAGGUUAUCUCCAAGAUGAAAACAAAUUGAAAAUUGAAGAUUCAUCUUAUCAAGGAAAUGAUACGACUCGGGACAGUCAAGGGAAAACAUUAAAUAAAAAUACAAAAGUUGUGAUUGGAAAAAGACCAUAUAAAUGUGAAAUUUGUUUUAAGCAGUUUUUUCAGAAAUGUGUUUUGAAACAACAUUUGAGAACACAUACUGGGGAAAAACCCUACAAGUGUGAAAUUUGUUUUAAACAGUUUCUUACAGCAAAUCAAUUGAAAAUACAUUUAAGAGUGCACACUGGAGAAAAAUCCUACAAGUGUGAAAUUUGUUUUAAACAGUUUAGCCAAAGAAGUCAUUUGAAAACACAUUUGAGAGUACAUACUGGAGAAAAACCGUACAUGUGUGAAAUCUGUUUUAAACAGUUUACUGCAGCAUGUAGUUUAAAAACACAUUUGACAGUACAUACUGGGGAAAAACCCUACAAGUGUGAAAUUUGUUUUAAACAGUUUCUUACAGCAAAUCAAUUGAAAAUACAUUUAAGAGUGCACACUGGAGAAAAAUCCUACAAGUGUGAAAUUUGUUUUAAACAGUUUAGCCAAAGAAGUCAUUUGAAAACACAUUUGAGAGUACAUACUGGAGAAAAACCGUACAUGUGUGAAAUCUGUUUUAAACAGUUUACUGCAGCAUGUAGUUUAAAAACACAUUUGACAGUACAUACUGGGGAAAAAUCCUACAAGUGUGAAAUUUGUUUAAAACAAUUUCGUCAAAAAGGUAAUUUGAAAUCACAUUUGAUGAAUCACAUUGAAGACAAGCCGUACAAGUGUGAAAUGUGCUUCAAACGGUUUAGUAGAGCACAGGCUUUUAAAGCACAUUUGAGAGUGCACACUGGAGAAAAUCCCAAUAAGUGUGAAAUCUGUUUUAAACAGUUUAGUGAUUCGAGUGGUUUGAAAAGACAUUUGAUAGUGCAUACUGGAGAAAAACCGCACAAGUGUGAAAUUUGUUUUAAACAGUUUACUGCAGUAAGUAGUUUGAAAACACAUUUGAGACUGCACACUAGGAACAACCUAUACAAGUGUGAAAUUUGUUUUAAACAGUUUACUACAGCAGGUAGUUUGAAGGAACAUUUGAAAGUACAUACUGGAGAAAAAUCCUACAAGUGUGAAAUUUGUUUUAAGCAAUUUAGUCAAAAAGGUACUUUGAAAACACAUUUGAGAGUGCACACUGGAGAAAAACCCUACAAGUGUGAAACUUGUUUAAAACAGUUUAGGGAAGCAUAUACUUUAAAAGCACAUUUGGUAGUGCACACUGGAGAAAAACCUCACAAGUGUGAAAUUUGUUUCAAAGAGUUUAGUAGAGUAGGGGAUUUGAAAGCACAUUUGAGAACACAUACUGGAAUAAAACCGUAUAAAUGUGAAAUUUGUGAAAAACAGUUUAGUAGAACAAGUGAUUUGAAAAGACAUUUGAAAAUACACACUGGAGAAAAACCCUACAAGUGUGAAAUUUGUUUUAAGCAAUUUAGUCAAAAAAGUAUUUUGAAAUCACAUUUGAGAGUACACACUGGAGAAAAACCCUACAGUACAAGUGUGAAACUUGUUUAAAACAGUUUAAUAGUAGAAGUGAUUUGAAAAAACAUAUUGAGAGUACAAGGGAAAAACAAGGAAGGUCACUUUUUUAUUAAUUUUGGCUUUUCUCGCCAUGUGGUAGCGAAAACAGUACUAUCGACUAGGCUAUCGAUUCAGGACAAUAAACAGAAAGAUCAGUCUAUAUAAAUUUUCUAAGAAUGGGCCGGUUGGUGUGACGUCUAAAAGGUUACCAAACAAAACAAAGAUCUGUCAAUUUAUUAUACACGUGGUUUUGUAAUAAUUUGUAAUUUGAUUUUGUUUUAAAAAUCAUCUGCGUUUGAUUAAUUGGAAUAAUGGCAAAAAAUAGUUAAUUAAAAUUAAUGAAAUUUUGAACUGCUUUAAAAAUAUUUUAAAUAAUAUUUUAGUACCUACUUACAAUAUCAAAUGAUAAUCAUUGUUUUUGAACAUCAGUCUCUUUCGGAAACUUACAAAGACUAGCAAGUUCUCCUCUAUAAGGCAUGAGCAGUGACAAUCGGGUACCCAACACAUUACCAUUUUGUAAAAAUUAAAUAACGUACAAGCAUUAUAUUCCAUUUAUAAAAACGAAAAUAAAACUUUGCCACAAAAACCACGUGUGCCUGACAGCUGUUCAUUUUGUUUGGAAACCUUUUUCACAGUAGCCAACAUUGAUUUGACGUCACGACUAUCACUAUCCAUUUGUAUCCAGGCGCAGGAUCAGGAUUGUCCGCACGCCACUGAACAGAAAUAAGGAAUGUUAAGACCGCGUCCCACCAUCAAAUAAUUUGAUCAAACUGGUUUGAGCAAACUGAAAGUGACAGUUAGUGACGUCACAUCCUGAGUGUUCAUUGUGGAUAAUAAUGAAAAAUUUUAAUUUUAAAUAAAGUACAAACAAGUUAGACAACUCAAUACAAAAAAUUUGGUCAAACUAGACUGAUAGUGAGAGCACAGAUUUUUAGAAUUUCAAAAAACUGCAAUUGUGACGUCACUUUGACGUACUUCCUCAAGUACGUCACAAGUACGUCAAGUUUGCUCAAACUGUUUGAUCGAAUUAUUUGAUGGUGAGACGCGGCCUUUCGCAGUUUUUGGUGCAUUAUUAAGUUAAUAAAGAUUCAUAUUAUCGAGAUUAUAGAAUAAGAAAUGCUGGAAUUCUGCUAAGAAUAAGAAUCUCCUAAGUAGGUUUUAGAUAUCAUAAGAAUUAAACCUUUAUUGGCGUUUAUCUCAAUGUGACAUUCCUCGUUUUCCCCUGUACUCGUCAUAUACGAUGUUCGGGAAUCUUUAUGUUUAUUUUAAUAUUGAAUAUACCACGUAAUUAUUUGCCCUAUCUAAAAUAUCUUUCUUAUGUCUAUAUUUUGUAUUAUUAUGAAUAAAUAUUUAGAUAUAUAA